AUGCUAGAUGAUCAAAAUCGCGUGCAGGAGGUAGACUCUGACGAUGAAGGAGCAACGGAGUUUGAUAGCUUUGGGCAAAGCGAAGGAUUUUCUGAGAUCACCAAACGCCUCCCAGACGACUGCAUCGAAUACGCAAUCUUCAUCAUCGACUCGAAACUGAAAUCCGAUUUUGCCAGAAGGGAGAAACUGAAAGCUAUACAAUCAGCCGCUACUGUCUCGCUCAAAUCACCGGAUCUCGAGGACUACAUCUGGCAGCGCGAGAAAUUCCGAUUGGAUUUGAUUGAUGCUAGACUCGACGGCAAUACUCAUGGUACAGGGAUUAGCGAUGGAGAGAAGCUACAUAUUCCUGGUCAUGAAUACUACCUGCAUGGACGAACGAACUUUGGCGACUCAAUAGCAGACGAAUGGCUGAUCGUCUGGCUACUUCUCGAACUCAGUCAACGGCAUCCCUCAGCUUGGAUCCAAGUCCGUGAUCCAGAUGGCGAAUUUCUGCUAGCAGAAGCCGCAAAUGCUUUGCCAAAGUGGUUGGAACCCGAACUUGCCGACAAUCGCGUUUGGAUCCAUCGCGGUCAACUACACAUCAUACCAUUACAACGAAAUGCUGGCGGUGGAGCAUCAGGACCCACUACUCCUGGACUGUCUGGCAACGUCGACAUGGCACAAGCUUUGCGCUUCUUGCAGCAGACUCCUCAUUCGACAUUACAUUCGCCCAUGAUCGAAGAAGAAGCUUUCCACCGCUUGCGAGAUCAUCCAGCUGCUAUCUCCAAGAGCCAGCAUAGCGCAUUACUCUUGGUACCACGACGUCUCGCAUACCUUCUUCACCGCAAUCCAGCCUAUGUAGCUCCUGCCAUCGAGGCGUUCUAUCUUCGCGAUCCCAUUGCUGUGAGACCGCUAGCCACAAAAGAUACAGCUACCCUUCGCUUUGCACCAGAAGAUUUCGUCACCAUGAGUGUCCGCUUCCCCAAGGUUGGCUACGCACAGCUCGUGAGCCAGGAUUUUCCUCCACCCCCUGCUUGGGUAGGCAUCACACCUCACAUCCACAAGAAGCCUGUCCUCUUAGGCAUGAAGCUCUCCUGCGGCUUUGAGAUGAUGCUACGCGACCCUCAAAACAAAGACAAGCGCGAAGUCAGAGAAAUGAACAUGCUACUCGAAGACAUAGAAGAAGAUGGAGAAACACUACCCACCGAUUCCACCAUCGCAUCAUGGCCACAAACAAACGACGACGACAAAUGGCUCGAUAUCGACUUCAAAGACUUUGACGCAGAGCUCAAAGGCCGCAGUGGGGCAAACGACACACCUUCAGGCCAAGGUUUCGGCGAUGAAUCAACACAAAAGGACCUCCAAGACAUGGUCUCGCGCUUCGAAAAAUUCCUCAACGAAGACGAAGAGACCGGCGCUGAAACCUUUUCUUCUGGCUCCUCAUCCACCUCUGAUUCCGACAACGAAGACGACGAGGAAGAAGACAAAGCCACUUCCUUCACAGACGCCGAAUUCGAACAAGCGAUGCGCGAAAUGAUGGGCAUGCCCGACUCCACAAAAGACUCCAACGGCCUAUCCUCCGAAGCCAGAAAACUAGCGCUGGAAAUGGAAGAUGAAGAAGAAAUGGAACGAGAUGACGAAAAAGAAGCAGAGCAGAUUUGGAAAAUGAUGCAAGAGAUUCAUGCUUCACGUCAAGACAAGAAGACCAGAGAGCAGGAAGACAUCGAGGGCAGAAACAAUCAAGGCAAAGGCAAGGGGAAGCAAAAGGCGAAACCAGUCACUAUAGACGACGAAAGCAGUGAUGAUGAAGAUUUGCUGGCUGGAGAGGAGGGAGAUCCGCAUUAUGAGAUGCUUAAGAAUAUGCUUGAGAGUUUCCAGGGGCAGGGCGGUAUGGCUGGUCCGGCGGGCAAUCUUAUGGGGUUGAUGGGCAUGGGGAGUAAGUUACCACGAGAAUGA